AUGCCUGGUCGAAGGAACCGUAGACGGUCGUCCGGUCACGGUCACGGUCACCAGAGUCGGAACCGCACCCCCGACGCCAGAGCUGAGCUGCUUUUCUCCGUGAGCCACUUGGAGUGCCUCCUGCGGGAACGCCACUAUGCCCUGCGUCUAAACUCUUCCGCGCCUGUGUUCCUCGCAGCCGUCCUGCAAUAUCUGAUCGCCACGGUCCUGGAGCUGGCGGGCAACGAGGCCCAGAGAAACGGCUGCCGGCGCAUCACCCCACAGCUCGUGGACAUGGCCAUCCACAACAACGCACUGCUCAGUGGCUUCUUUGGGAGCACCACCAUUUCCCUGGUGGCCCCGGACUGGGAGUAG